UUCGUCCCUUUUCUCUGACCAGCUCACAAACAAUAUUGACGGAGCAUGCAAGCAAGCCUGGACGCACUGUCCCUGAAACAUCUGACGCGAGCUUUGACAUGCCUCUCAAAAUACGGAGAUGAUAUGGUGGUCUACGCAACGCGCCAGCAUCUGGCCCUAUCCGCCACGAACUCGUCCUUGUCCGCAUACUGUCGUUUCAAAUACAGCCGACAGUUCUUUUCACGCUAUACUGUGCAGGAAGAGCCCAAUUGGGACGCGAAGGACGAUACGAUUAGGGUGUCUGGGCAGCUACUGGUCAAGUCACUGCUUUCUAUCCUGAAACCUGCAACCGCCGCAAAGUCAGUCGAACGCUGCGAACUGACCUUUGUAGAGGGCGGUGCGGCUCAACAAUUGGAUGCAGAGGAGGGAGAUAGCCUUGAAAGCAGACUGAUUGUGCGUCUAUACUGCAAACACGGAGUAGUGAAAACCCAUCGGCUAUUAUUGAACGACGCAGCGAAUCUGAUGGUCCCAGGCUUAUCAAAUUCUCCGCAGGAGUCGAAGUUGAGUGUAGGUGCAAGAUCGCUCAAGGACCUCCUAGACCACUUUCCGAUAGCGAAGGGACCGAAGAGCGACCCUCAGAUCAUAUGGGUUUUCAACGAUGAUGAAGUUAUCCUGAAAGGACUGGAGUCAUCGCUUGAUACAAGUGUAAAGGGUCAGCUCGCUACCGAGCUUUCAGUCAGCCCGGCCGAAUUCGACGUUUACGAUGUAUAUGAACCACCGUUAACAGUUGGCCUCCACCUGAGAGAGUUCAUGGUAUGUGUGCCACUACAGUACGUCUCGAUCUGAGUGGCGAUAGGAGAAUCAGGGACCACCAUUCGCGGAUUCCCCGACAUGAAAUGUCUGCCGGUAAGCGACGGACAAACUGGAUCUGCGAGGUACACGAUUGCCGCAGUCCGGACGUCAUUGUCACCGCAGCCCUUACGCCAAGACAUGUUGCUUGAUUUGGUAUCAGCCAGAGCCCGUGCGCUAAUUGUAAUCCUUUUUGUAUGCAGGCUACGAUAAUGUU